AUGGGCUCAACUCACUCUCUUAUAGCUGAAUUCAAAUCAAGUAUGAAGAUUAUGUUUGAAAUGCCAGACUUAGGUUUGUUACAUUAUUUCCUUGGGCUUGAAGUGAAGCAAGGAGAAGAUGAAGUUUUUAUUUCACAAAGGAAAUAUGCAAUAGACCUGCUCAAAAAAUUUAAUAUGGUGAAUUGCAAGGCUGUAGCCACACCAAUGAAUGUGAAUGAAAAAUUGCAAUUUGAAGAUGGUACUGAAAAAGCAAUUGCAAGAAGUUUUAGAAGUUUAGUUGGAGCAAAAAGGAUCUUACGUUAUGUUGCUAGAACAUUGGAUUAUGGAAUUUGGUAUACUCAUGUUUCAAAUUUUAGACUAUUUGGUUUUACUGAUAACGAUUGGGCAGGUUCUUUGGAUGAGAGAAUGAGCACUUCAGGCAAUAUUUUCAGUCUUGGAUCAG